AUGGGCGACACGCCGGGAUCCGCGGCAGACCUGGCCAGGGACGACGGCGGACGCAAGAUGGCUGAGACUGUGAGCGCUUACCCGACUAACGACGGCGAGCGCAUCCACGCGGGCGUCUAUCCGCGCGCACAUGAGGAGGGUGCCAAGCGAGGAGUCUAUAUCCCGGCUAAUCGGGUCUACGUGCUGCCCCCGGACGGGGUGCAAAACACCGCGAGCAACGGGGUCUGGAGCACCUGGCGAAAGAACCAGAAGGGUACCCGCGCCCUCGCGGAUGACCAGCGGCUCCCUCCUUACCGCGUCAUAAACCAGACCAAGCGCUGCCAGGGUCCCAACCUCCUCGUCCUCUCCUCAGCAUUCACGCCCCAGCCGGCGAUGAACUGGUCGCCCCCGCCGGAGGACUGGCCCGUCAUGUGCCCCACUACCGGCGAGCCCCUCGUCCGCUUCUGGAUACUCCACUCGACGCUGGUUCCGGCUGGGCUCGCCGACCUGUCUGGCGAGCGAACCUUCCGCCGCCGCCCCAACGGCGAGGAGGAUGGCGAUCACUGGGCACUACCCGAGUCGCUUCGGCUGGCAGACUGCCGCAUCCUCUGCUUUCUCGCGCUGCUGCCACCGCUCGCCUCCAUCCUGAGCCUCUCUUCUCUCUGCCUCGAUUCGCCCGACCCUGGCCGUGCCCGUGGGGGAGCCGCGGUGGAGCUAGAUUGGGAGCAGUCGGGCUGCACGCGGCUGUGGCGCGAAGUCGGGGCGCAGCGUAUGGCUGCCAUCGACAACUUUUGGCUCGACAUCUUCGUCAACUAUACGCUUCUCGGGGCCGUCUUCAGGUUGCCGCCCCCUCUGCCCCCCGGCAGCACGUUGCGGCUGACGCCAAAGCGCAGGCUCAUCAACCACGUGGUCCAGCAGUGCAUCAACCUCCUCCCCGCCACGAUGGUCUUGCUGGCGACGCACGACAACCGCUGGUUCACGCGCGUCGUUUGCUCGCAGACCGCCGCGAUGGCCGUCGGCGGCGCCGUGCCUAGCGUCAUUGUGGUCUUGGGUGCCGCCAUGUACCCCGAGGAAAUCUUGACGGGCGACGUCAAGUGCGUCACCAGUGCACAGCGCUCCUUCACCGUUGCCAUCACUGGCCAGCCCUGCUGCCGCAGGUACGCAAAUGCAUUCUUCUUCACGCUCGCGACAGUCGGCAUGUACGACGUGUAUGGCAAGUGGGAUCACUACCCCACCGAGAUACCCGCCAUCACCCUCCUGCGGCGCGUGACGAUGGUCACCCUGUUGUCCGCCACGACGGCCCAUGCCACUCUGACGUGGGCGCUACGUUGUCGUCACUUCUGGAGCUUGACCCGGACCGCAAUCGCCUUCCAGGGCGCGAUGCGCCUCGCUUCCGCCGUCGCGAUGUUCGCACUCGGCGCGUCUUCGGGAUUUCCGCCCGCCGCCCUCUCGUCGCUUCCCGCCAGUAUGAUGGUCAAUACGAGUUACAUCUUGCUCGGCGCGUUGAGGACGCUUAGCCCUCCACCCCAUCCGCACAAGGCGUCUGAAGCCCACGGGUCUCCACGGUAG